AUGCUGACGCAAUACACGUAUAUCAAGCCACGAUGUCAGUUCGGAAAGCAAUGCGUCUUCAGAACCGACCAUGUUGCUGAAGAAAACAUACAGCCGGAGCCGAAACUGAUGCAAGAUUACGUGUACCGUCCGUAUACUCAUCGCCAAGUGCAAGUGUCUAAACAGUAUGCGGUUCACGAAGUACAAACGAUGAGAAAGAUAGAGAUAAAUACGGGAGUACAUCAUACGGAAGGUGGCUGGCCAAAGGAAGUCAAUGCUCGAGAUGCCGAAGUCGUUCAAAGGUUUCGUCGACGCGUGGAGAAGGAUGAUAAUUGGGUGAUAAACAUGAGAAGUUUGCUUUCUACGAUGGAGGACUAUGUACUUCAAAACAAUGCCAUCAAUAUCUAUCAGAAUUUUUUCGACGAUUUGAUCGUGACACCUAUGACCAAGGACCACAAUAUCAGGGUAGUGAACUUGUACGAGGAUCCGGAGACGAAGGUGAGACCAAUCAAGGAUAUAUCGUGGUCUCCGAACUACUCUGAUCGAUUGGCCGUUGCGUACGGGUUUCCAGAAUCUGAGCAGCCUUCGGCCGACGUGAGUCCGUACUCCUACGUAUGGGACCUCGAGAAUCCCAAUAAAGCUCUCUACACGUUGAAACCACCCUUCCAUUUAACGACAGUUAAAUUCAAUCCUCGCGAUCCUGUGAUGUUAGUCAGUGGUCUAGUAUCUGGCCAAGUGUGUUAUUGGGAUAUUCGAAGCAAUGAAAAACCCAUGGAAACAUCUCAUCCUUACACCAGUCACAGAUAUCCAGUGACUCAGACUCUUUGGAUCCCUUCCAAGGUUAACACCGACUUCUUCUCUUGUUCUACCGAUGGCACAGUUUUGUGGUGGGAUGCCAGAUUUAUGAAAAAGCCAACAGAAACUUUAGUGAUGGACCUCGAACAGCCACAAAGAGCAGACAUUUACAAAGCGGUCGGUAUCACUGCUCUUCAGUUUGAACAGACGAUGAGCAGUAAAUUCCUAGCUGGUACCGAGGACGGUAUGGUUGUGAAUGUAAAUAGGAGAACCAGCAAUCUCGUGGAAAAAUUGGCGAUUAGAUUCCAAUGUUACACGGGACCGGUUAUCGCGAUCGAUCGAAAUCCCAUUUAUACGAAGAAUUUCUUAACCAUUGGCAACUGGUCGGCCAAUAUAUGGGCAGACGACACGAAGGAAGGAAAUUUGCUGUGUACUAGUGACAAAUACAUCGAUCUGAGCGGUGGUUGCUGGAGUAAAGCCAGAUGCUCCGUAUUCUUCACCAUAAAUAAAGAAGGCUUACUGGAAGCGUAUGAUAUAUUGGCAGGCAUCAAGACACCAUUGACUAACAUUCACGUGUGUAACGAUAGCCUGACAGCGAUUAGCUCCCACGAAGAGGAUGGAUUUCUUGCUGUCGGAAGUAGUAACGGUAAUGUAUACCUACUGGAGUGUACGGAAGACCUUACAACGUUCACGAAAGAAGACAAAGCCGCUUUGAGUAGCUAUCUGGAAAGGUGUAGUCGAUACGAAAAGGCGAUUGACAGUCGUUUGAAAGAAAUACGCCUGGGUCAUCGUGUCUCCAAAGAUGUCAAUAUACAAGAGUCAAAGAUGAAAAGCAAGAAGAAGGAGAAGGAUAGAAAGAAAGAAAAGGCCUCUAUGGAGAAAGAGAGACUGGAAGACCGGAAGAAAUCGAGAGCCUCGAAACCGAAAGGAAAGUCUAGCGUCAGGAUGAUCUAUCCUGAACACAAUAAAGCGCAGAUGGAAUAUUUCGACAAAAUAAAACAGAUAUCCGCGCGAUACAUGGAACUCGACGAAGCCGACGUGCAAGCAGCGCAGGAAAUAUUAAAGGAAAGAAUAGUAACGAAAUACAUGGAAAUAGAGGUAGAAUCCGAGAAAGAAGACGUGAAGAAACAACGAUCGAUCAAAAGGUUCAAAAGUAGAAUAAGGACUACAAGAAGCAUACCGAAGAUCGGAGAAAAGGAAGAAGAAGAAGAUAUUGCGGACGUCGAUCUAGAUUCGAUAAGGAUAAAGGACAAAAAGCAACGAGCGAAGAAGAUCCUGAGAAAUAGUUGUGCGAAGCAAGUGUGCAAGCCGGAAAUUUGUUGCGCAGAUAUGGAAGAGAAAAGAAGACCAAAAAGAAGGAAGAAAACGGUUGAAAUGGUAGAAGAAUCUCCCGAAAAAAGCAGAUCGUUCAUCGUAGAUAAUAAGUGGUUCAGACGAUUAACCGAUUAUAUCGUUCAAAUUCCUCAACCUUCGCGCGCGUUCAAGAGAAAAAUCUUGGCGCUGAAGAAUACUCCGCCGAACGUACUUCGAAAAGAACUGGUUGAAGCCAAGAAGGAAAUACGUGCUUGGCAGGAAACUGCAAUCGCAAGAAAGCUCGCCUCUUGGGCCGUCGAGAGGAAAUUCGAGAAGGAGCCCAAGAAACUGCCCGAAAUCAAGCUGGAAACGACGGAAGAGCGACAGGAGGAAGCUGAGGAACAUUUGAUCAAAACGGACGAGUCGGUCGUGGAAUUCGGGAAAAAAAAUGACACGAAAAUCCAUCCAAAAAAGAGCUUGCGUAAAUUCAAAAAGUUGAAAUUGACGGAAGAGGAGAUCGAAAUGGAAAAGAAGGAGAAACAGAUGGAACUGUGGAACUUGCUGAAACAAAAAGUUCAGGAGUACGACGAACAGCAUAGCAGGAAGGUGUUUUACCCUCGAAUAUCCACUGCGUUCGUGAGAAUGUAUUCCGAAGAGACGCUUGACGAGGAGUCUGGGAACAGAAAAUAUUAAUCGUUUAAAAAUUUCCUUUCACGUUAUAGAAGCAUCUUGAAAACCAAGAAGAACCGGAAAAAGAUUUCUCCUCCGAAGAGCUUUCCCCGGGGCUAACUGUUUAAUUCAUCUGUACAUCGACAAACGGCAUUGUGUCGUUAGAAUCUUUGUGGAAAAGGAUCAGCCCGAAGUAUUUGUAGCUCGUGUUCGAGAUAUUCCCAGCAGGUUCGGAAAGCAGACAGGAAGGACAAACAAUCUCGUCGAAAAGUUUUAUCGUGGAAGAAAUCCAAGCUGGCUCGAUCGAAGGAAGAAUCUUCCUUUUUUCUUUCAACGGAAGUUCUUUCGACGUUAUUACGCAUUCGUUGAACGAAACCAUAGAGCAAACGAUGCGUUCAACGUUUCCAACAGAAACUUUUUUACGCUCGCGUAGACCUGUUUCCGUCGAGAUUCAUCGGUUAUUCUUUUCGGUAACUGCAUCAAAUUCUGCUUAGAAACAGGUGGGUUCGCACACACGUUUCACGCAGAAGUUACAGGAACGAGAGAGCAGCGAGAAAAAGGGAUAAGGCAAAAUGGAAGUUCGAUAGAGUUCGUCGUUUUUCUCGCCGCUCAGGAUCUCCAAGGGCCACACAGUCAGUUUUCCAUUUAUUGCCUGAGUUUAAGAGAAUGUUCUUACAAAGUUAAGCGAACACGACGGGCUGGAAAACACGGAAGAUAAUCCAUCUGGAAUUUCAACGGAUGAAUUGACGGACUUAUGAUGCACAGUUCGAAGAAAGUUUUCAGAAUUCUCGUCUCUUUACAAAGGCGAUUCUCCUUGUUCGUUCGUUCGCUCGUUGUCCCCUUAG